AUGCUCAACAAUACUAUUCUUCUCUUACCACAUCCUGACCCAGAACUAGUCGCUCAUGAUGUUCAUAGGCGAGUCAAUGCCUCUCUUUCGAGACGUCAAGCUAUGGACAUGACGGACCAAGCCGGUUCAAGCCCGUGCGUCACCGGAAAUCCAAUUGAUGACUGCUGGAAAUGUGACCCAAACUGGCCCAAUAACCGACAAGGUCUAGCCGAUUGCGGAAUCGGGUUCGGACAGUACGCUUUAGGAGGCAAAGGCGGUCGGUUCUACUUCGUCACUGACUCUUCCGACCACGAUGUGGUCAACCCUAAACCGGGCACUCUCAGAUAUGGAGUGAUUCAAGAAGAGCCAUUGUGGAUAGUGUUUCCAGCCAACAUGAUGAUUAAACUAAAGCAGGAGCUAAUAUUCAAUAGCUACAAGACACUUGAUGGAAGAGGAGCUAAUGUUCAUAUUGUUGGUGGUGGCUGCAUCACUCUUCAAUAUGUCUCCAAUAUCAUCAUUCACAACAUUCAUAUUCACCAUUGUUACCAAUCCGGGAAUACUAACGUGCGGUCAAGUCCAACGCACUACGGGUUCAGAACGAAAUCGGACGGUGAUGGUAUCUCCAUAUUCGGAUCAAAGGACAUAUGGAUCGACCAUUGUUCUCUGUCAAGAUGCAAGGACGGUCUGAUAGAUGCUGUGAUGGGGUCCACGGGGAUUACAAUAUCGAACAACUUCUUUUCUCACCACAACGAAGUCAUGCUUCUUGGUCACAGCGACCACUACGAGCCAGACAGUGGCAUGCAGGUAACAAUUGCGUUUAAUCACUUUGGGGAGAAACUAAUCCAAAGGAUGCCAAGGUGUCGACGUGGAUAUAUCCACGUGGUUAAUAACGAUUUUACACAAUGGGAAAUGUAUGCGAUUGGUGGUAGUGGUAACCCGACUAUUAAUAGUCAGGGUAACCGCUAUACGGCCCCAACUAACCCGUUUGCCAAAGAGGUGACUAAAAGAGUAGAAACACCGGAUGGUGACUGGAAAGGGUGGAACUGGAGAUCGGAGGGAGACAUUUUGGUUAAUGGAGCCUUCUUUAUAGCGUCUGGAGAAGGUGCGGAAAUGAGGUACGAGAAGGCCUACAGCGUCGAGCCUAAAUCUGCCUCGUUCAUCGACCAAAUCACAUUUCAUUCCGGCGUUCUCGGCGUUGGUGGCAGGAAUAACAAUCUGGGGAUGUGGACUACUACUGGAUCGGAAGGUAACACCGGUUUGGAUUCUUAUAAUGACUAUACCGAUGAAAUGUCUGGAACCGGUUCAACUAUUCGGUUGUCUUUUUCAGUUAUUGCUUUAGCUUUCGUGCUCCAUUUGAUAUCAUAUAUGGUCAUGUUCGUUUCUUCAACCCAAAUGUUCAUGAUGUUGUAA